CACUUGAGCUUUUCGUUCUUCGUAAUCCAAUUACCCAUUGUGUGUGUCCAAUCACCGAGUCGUUUUCAGUUGUCAAGCAUUUAACUUGUAUGACACGUUUAUUUAGACGUUAUUAUUGUUAUCUCUGCUGGACGGCGCCAUUUCGACUCAGCGAGGGCCCCGGGCGUAUUAAGGGUGGGCUGAGGUCUGGAGUGCACGGUAGGCACACUCACACUCGCUACGACCAGUCAGAGGCGUACGGACGCUAACAGUACAACCUUGCUGAGACAGGCCACUCUACAGCAGUACCUGUGCCCGAUCACACGGCACCCUCACCCCGCAGUGUACGCUACACUGCCAAACUCGCUGGGUACUCCACGCGUACGUACGGAACACGCCAGUGCUAACAUGGCCAGCGACCGGGAAGACAGUUCGCCGACUACGGCUACCGUGACAGCGACUAGUAAUACUAACUGUCGCUCCAACAACCCGUUCUCCAUAGAAAACAUUUUGAACUCACCCAAGACGAAGCAGACGAAUUCUAAGAUCCACUCACCUGUGAGCAGGCCCGGGCCAGCUGCUGCAGACGACUCUUCUGCGAAAGAUAACCUGGGCUCGAGAUCGCCGCCGCCUUCUCCUACAAGUGACGGGGACGAGGACGAGCCCAUCGGCCGGGACGCUCAGAUCGUCUCCAGCGCGUCUUCUCUGUACAAACCCGGCAACUCUUGGUUCCCGUGGAUACAGACAGGGCUGUAUCCCACACAUUACCCAUUCGAACGUUCGGUCGCAGCCACACCGCCUUCCACCCGUCCGCCCACGUCCACGGGCACGGCGGCCACCCCGUCCUGUCGGGCUCAGUCUCCCGCCAAAUCCAAAGAUUCCGCUAGUUCAGGGAAGGACACUGUCCACAGCGGCGGGGCGGGAGGGGAAGCAGGGGCGGCGGACAGCGGCGGGAAGGACGACGACGAGAAAGCAAAGGACAAGAAGAACCGACGCAAGAAGAAGACUCGUACAGUGUUCUCACGACAACAGGUCUUCCAGCUUGAGUCGACCUUCGACAUGAAGCGCUACCUGAGCAGCUCGGAGCGGGCGGGCCUGGCCGCUUCCCUACACCUCACAGAGACACAGGUCAAGAUUUGGUUCCAAAAUCGCAGAAACAAAUGGAAGAGGCAGCUAGCCGCUGAACUGGAGGCCGCUAACAUGGCGCACGCUGCCCAGAGGAUGGUACGUGUACCCAUUCUGUACCACGAUAGCGGACACAUGCAUGGCGAAAACCCGCCCCUAUCCCACCCUGCCACCGUCCUCCCCUACCCCCACCCCGUCCCCCACUACAGCCCCUCCCUG